GCCUUUAUCGCAUAUAUAGGUUUCGUGGAGUGAUUCCGUCCUACACUAAAUCGCUAAUAAACGUCGGAGCAGCAUCGCAUGGUAUACAGGUUACGAGGAAUCGUUUGCGCAGUCCGAGUAUGAAAGUGUUCUACGUCUUAGCGAUUUUGCUGCUUGUCAUCUACACUGUGCCUGCCCAGGAAAAUGGCAGUAACGGAAAACAGUACACUCUGGGUGUUUAUAUCCUCUGCGAUGAGCCCAUGACCAAACACCUUGAAGGACACAAUGUGGAAGAAUAUUUUGGUGCAUUCUUCAAUGUGAUCAACCUGGCCUUCCGACAGUUGGCGAGCCCCAAGGUUACGUUCGAGGUUGUCACAGUGGACACCACGUCGAGCCUUGACGACUUGAAGACAGCAUACAAAGCGGCACGUCUGGAUGGCAACCGAUACCUUUACGGUCUCUGGCCAGAACACAUCAGUGUCACUAAUGGUCAGAUCGCAGACGGUACAACGACGACCCAACUGUCUGAAUAUUUCAAGAAGGCGGGUGAACCCUACAAUAACAGCCACGUUAUCGUCCUUUUCACAAGGAGGACAGUAGCCUUACAUCAAGUGGCCCACGACGACGCACUGAGUAAGGGUUUGGCUGUACAUGCAAACCCAAAGCGUGGAGGAAUAUGCGGUGCAGAUAACAUUGUGAUAGUACAGGAUGACGGAGUCUUUUCGGGUAUUGCGUCCACAAUCAGAAGGCUUGCACGUCUUCUGGGAGCCAAUUACGACUACGCCAAGGAGCCGAAUUGCCUGUACAGCUCUAGCAUGCUCAUGGGAGAUAUAAGCCAAACGCGAAACUACAAGAUGUCACCUUGCACAUUACAAAAUCUGACAGCGUCGCUAGGGGAAGCAUCCAAGCAGGGCUGCUUGGUAAAGAAAUUCGAAUCGAAGGUAGCUUCGACAACGAAACUUCCUGCUGAUCUAACUAACCCGGACAACUAUUGCGCUCACAUAUUUCCCGGAAAGGAGAACAUAGCACAAUGCACACAAGAAAAAUGGUCUCUGAGCUUGUACCCAAGUGCAGAAACGUGCGAGGUGCUUUGUUGCCACGGGCUGAUCGACAGCUGGAAAAGGAAUCUCUUCAAGAUGGAAGGUGUCGGAUCCCUCGAUGGAUAUCCUUGCGACGCUAGCGGACACACAAAUGGGAUCUGUGUCAACGGUGCUUGUGAGGCGAGACCAACGUAGGACAGCCAUAUGUAGUUCCACAAAAGGAAAUGCAGCAGCAGAAGGCUGUCAAAAACAAACGAAGAACUCACGACGUUAGCAAAAAUUGUAAUUUCUGCGAAAUAAAAUGUAUAAGCAAUGG